CAGGGAUCCGGAUGAGUGAAGUGGACUGUAAUCCAGUCUUGAAGAGACAGACAUGGACGAGUUUCUCAACAUCUGACAGCGAACUGUGUUGGACAUUACAAAGACAACAUGGAAAUGACAGGUUUGCUGUUUCUGCUGAUGGCUGCCAACUCUGCAUUCACAAUGCCUCUAUCUACAGACGACACCGACAAGUGGUUACAGGCUGAGAGAUACCUUCGUAAGUUCUAUGGACUCCCAGUUGCUCUUCAGAGCAGGAGAUCCAACUCCAUGGAGACUAAGAUCAGGGAGAUGCAGUCCUUCUUCAAGCUCCAGGUAACAGGCGAGCUGGAUGACAACACCCUGGAUAUGAUGAACAAGGCAAGGUGUGGUGUUCCAGAUGUAGGCGAAUACAACCUCUUCCCCAGAAACCUCAAAUGGCACAGCAACAACUUGACUUUCAGGAUAGUGAAUUACACUCCGGACCUGAAGAAGGAGGAAGUGGACAGAGCCAUCCGGAAAGCUUUCAAUAUCUGGUCUGAUGUCACUCCUCUCACCUUCAAGAAGAUCUACAAGGGCAAUGCGGACAUCAUGAUAAGCUUUGGGACAAAAGAGCACGGAGACUACAAUCCCUUUGAUGGACCUAAUGGCCUCCUAGCCCACGCCUAUCCCCCUGGUAAGGACAUUGGAGGAGACACUCACUUUGACGAGGACGAACACUGGUCGACGGACUCAAGUGAAUACAACCUGUUCCUGGUUGCCAGCCAUGAGUUUGGCCAUGCUCUGGGUCUGUCCCAUUCUAACGACCCAGGAGCUCUUAUGUACCCUGUCUACUCAUUCAGCAAGGAUUACCCACUGGCUGAGGACGAUGUCAUGGGCAUUCAAGCUCUCUAUGGCCCCAACCCCAACCCCAAGAAGGUGAACCCUAAGCCUGAUGCCCCCAACAAGUGUGACCCCAUGUUGGGCUUUGACGCUGUGACUGAGCUCAGAGGAGAGACCAUCAUCUUCAAAGACAGGUUCUACUGGCGCCUUCACCAGCAGAUUGUAGAACCUGAGCAGACCCUGAUCAAGUCCACCUGGCCCUCCAUCCCCAACAAGGUGGACGCUGCCUACGAGAACCCAGAGAAAGACCUGGUGUUCAUAUUCAGUGGAAUCAAAAUGUGGGCCCUGAAUGGUUAUAACCUGGUGGAGGGUUACCCCAAGUACAUUCACAAACUAGGCCUUCCCAAGACAGUCCGUAAAGUGGAUGCAGCUGUGCAUAUCCAGGACACUGGCAAGACUCUGCUAUUUACAGAUGAGGACUACUGGAGCUAUAACGAGAGUAUUGGCCAAAUGGACAGUGGCUACCCCAGAGUGAUUGAAACAGAUUUCCCAGGAAUAGGAGAGGAGGUGGAUGCUGUUUCACAUAUCCAUGGAUAUUUGAAUUUCUUCCGUGAUAACUUGCUAUUUGAGUACAGCUACAACUCAAGGAAGGUCAUGGGUAUUCAAAGAUCGAACUCUAUCCUCAACUGUUGACAGAUUGCAUAUAUGUGCUGGACACCUGUAGUAAAUGUCACUGGUUUGACAUUGAUUGCUGGAAUAUUAUAUGUCUAAAAACAUGUCUGGUAUAGGUAGAAUAUUUAUUUUGUGUAUUUUAUUAAAUGUAAUAAUUUGUUGUUUUCAAAAAAUCAUGUUUGAAGUAAACACUAUUUCUGUAGAACUCUUCAUGUACAUUUUAGAGCUUGUUGUUUUGGCUUCUCGACAUUAAUGGUCCCACUGCUCUCAAGUGAAUAAUUUCGAGCACGAUCCUAGAGCUGUGCACUUUUCAUAAUGCAGCUACAUCAUGUGGCCACUAGAGGGAACCAUGUCAACAAGAGUAAAUGAGUUGGAACAACUUCAGUGCUAUCGGAGUAACAAAAGAAUAAGCUGAGCACCAUGUGUCCCCAAUUACAUUUUGUAAUAUGUGUUGAAAUAAAAAACCCAGUAAGAACUUC